AUGUUGAAAACGGAGUCUUCAGGCGAACGAACCACUCUCAGAAGUGCCUCUCCUCACAGGAAUGCAUAUAGAACUGAGUUCCAGGCAUUGAAAAGUACUUUUGACAAACCCAAGUCAGAUGGGGAACAAAAAACAAAAGAAGGUGAGGGCUCCCAACAGAGCAGGGGGAGGAAAUAUGGUUCCAAUGUCAACAGAAUUAAAAACCUAUUUAUGCAGAUGGGUAUGGAACCCAACGAGAAUGCUGCAGUCAUUGCCAAAACCAGGGGGAAAGGUGGACCUUCAUCCCCUCAGAGAAGAAUGAAGCCCAAAGAAUUUCUGGAGAAAACAGAUGGCUCAUUUGUUAAGUUGGAGUCCUCUGUUUCUGAACGAAUUAGUAGAUUUGACACAAUGCACGAUGGCCCUUCAUAUUCUAAGUUCACAGAAACUCGGAAGUUGUUUGAGAGAAGUGUGCAUGAAUCAGGACAAAACAACCGUUAUUCCCCAAAGAAAGAGAAGGCUGGAGGGACUGAACCUCAGGAUGAAUGGGGUGGUUCGAAGUCCAACAGAGGCAGUACUGACUCCCUGGACAGCCUUAGUUCCCGGACAGAGGCUGUCUCCCCAACUGUGAGUCAACUGAGUGCAGUAUUUGAGAACACUGAUUCCCCCAGUUCCAUUGUUUCUGAGAAGGCUGAAAACAACGAAUAUUCAGUGACUGGACGUUAUCCUCUGAAUUUACCAGCUGUGACUGUUACAAACCUUGACACCUUUGGUCAUCUUAAGGAUUCUAAUUCUUGGUCUCCUCCAAGCAAACACAGUGAUGAUGCAGAGGAUGCUCGAAAGAGUAACACAUCCCCAGUACCAGAAGUGACUUCAAAAAGUACCUCUCUAGCUUCAAUGCCUAGUGAAGAGGCACAGCAGAGCAAGGAAGCUGAGGACUCUGUAUCUAAUCAAGAGACUCCUGACAGAGUUGACAAAGAUAUCCCUGAAGAACCUGGUGCUGAGAAUAAGGCAAUGCCAGAGUCUGACAUCCUUUCACCACAAAAUGAACCUUUAGAAGAUGCCAAAGCUAACUUGGUUGGGAAUGAGGCAGCAGUGUUACAGAAGAAGGAACUUGCAGGUGGUGAUUUUAUCUCUGCUGAUGCUUCUGGAUCCAGUUGUGGGAAGGAAGUAUCUGAAGAUUCAAGUAAUAUUGAGAGUUCCCAUGUUUACAUGCACAGUGACUAUAAUGUAUAUAGGGUAAGAUCCAGGUAUAAUUCCGACUGGGGAGAGACAGGCACUGAACAGGACGAGCAGGAAGACAGUGAUGAAAACAGUUACUAUCAACCUGACAUGGACUACUCGGAAAUCGUUGGAUUGCCCGAAGAAGAAGAAAUCCCAGCAAAUAGGAAAAUUAAGUUUAGUAGUGCUCCAAUUAAGGUUUUCAGCACGUACUCCAAUGAGGACUAUGACAGGAGAAACGAUGAAGUUGACCCCGUGGCCGCUUCAGCCGAGUAUGAGCUUGAAAAGCGUGUAGAAAAGCUGGAACUUUUCCCAGUGGAACUAGAGAAAGAUGAGGAUGGACUUGGCAUAAGUAUUAUUGGAAUGGGUGUUGGAGCAGAUGCAGGACUUGAAAAGCUGGGAAUAUUUGUCAAGACAGUAACAGAAGGCGGCGCUGCUCAGCGGGAUGGCAGAAUACAAGUCAAUGACCAGAUUGUGGAGGUGGAUGGAAUCAGCUUGGUGGGUGUCACACAGAAUUUUGCUGCCACUGUUCUCAGGAACACCAAGGGCAAUGUCAGAUUUGUUAUCGGGCGAGAAAAACCAGGGCAAGUGAGUGAGGUUGCACAGUUGAUAAGCCAGACGCUGGAGCAAGAAAGGCGCCAGAGGGAGAUGCUGGAGCAGCACUACGCCCAGUAUGAUGCCGACGAUGACGAGAACACGGUGGCUGACUUGCAAGGAGUGUCUGGCAACUGCAAUAACAAUAACAACUAUUUCCUUCAGACAGGAGAAUAUGCCACAGAUGAAGAGGAGGACGAGGUAGGACCCGCCCUGCCCGGCAGUGACAUGGCCAUUGAGGUCUUCGAGCUGCCUGAGAACGAGGACAUGUUUUCCCCGUCAGACCUGGACACCACCAAGCUCAGCCACAAGUUCAAAGAGUUGCAAAUCAAACAUGCAGUUACAGAAGCAGAGAUUCAAAAAUUGAAGACCAAGCUGCAGGCAGCAGAAAAUGAGAAAGUGAGGUGGGAACUAGAAAAAACUCAACUUCAACAGAAUAUAGAAGAGAAUAAAGAAAGGAUGUUGAAGUUGGAGAGCUACUGGAUCGAGGCUCAGACAUUAUGCCACACGGUCAACGAACACCUCAAAGAGACUCAAAGCCAGUAUCAGGCCUUGGAAAAGAAAUACAAUAAGGCAAAGAAAUUGAUCAAGGAUUUUCAACAAAAAGAACUUGAUUUCAUCAAGAGACAGGAAGCAGAAAGAAAGAAAAUAGAAGAUUUGGAAAAAGCUCAUGUGGUGGAAGUUCAAGGCCUGCAAGUACGGAUUAGAGAUUUGGAAGCUGAGGUGUUCAGGCUGCUGAAGCAAAACGGAACUCAAGUUAAUAACAACAACAACAUCUUUGAGAGGAGAACUUCUCUUGGCGAGGUCUCUAAAGGAGAUUCCAUGGAGAACGUGGAUGUCAAGCAGACGUCUUGUCAAGAUGGCCUAAGUCAAGACUUGAACGAAGCGGUCCCAGAGACGGAGCGCCUGGAUUCUAAAGCCCUGAAAACUCGAGCCCAGCUGUCCGUGAAGAACAGACGCCAGAGGCCCUCAAGGACCAGGCUCUACGACAGUGUCAGUUCGACAGACGGCGAGGACAGUCUAGAGCGAAAGCCUUCAGACAGUCUCUGUAAACACAUGCACAUUACCAAAUCACUUCUGCCCAAGGGUUUGAGAACUUCUUCUCCAGAACCAGAUUCUGGUGCUCCAUCCCUCUCUUCAGUGGCUGGCAGUGUGCCCUUCUCGGAGGCUGACCACAUAGCUGAAUUUGAAGGACCACUGCUCCCAGAAAGGGAGGCUUCCUCCUCUGUUUGGGGAGAUACGUCGCUCUCCUCUCCUUCAAAAUCCGAUCAUGAUAUGGAAGAAUCUCCUUGCCACCACCAAGCCACCACCAAGAAAAUACCACAAGAAAAAGAUGGCGCCAAAGGUUCCAGAUCACCGAGGGCAUCCAGCUCUUUGGUGCUGCAAGGAGGAAAAAUUAAGCGGAAGUUUGUGGAUCUGGGGGCACCACUGCGAAGGAACUCCAACAGGGGAAAGAAAUGGAAGGACAAAGAAGCCAAUAGGUUUUCUUCGGGUAACAGGAUCUUCCGCGGCAGGCUGGACCCCUGGAAGCUGAAGCCGUCCCCCGCAGCGCCAGCCUCUCCUCGUUCACCUUGCAUGCCAUUCCCGUGGUUUCAUGACAGCCGGAAAGGAUCCUAUUCCUUCAGGAACCUGCCUUCACCUACAAGUCCCCUCCAGCCUUCUCCUGAAACUCUAAUUUCAGAUAAAAAGGGGUCCAAGGUAGAAAACACAUGGAUUAAAAAAAGCAAACAAGGAAACCCCAAAUCUUCCUCCUCUUCAGUCUUUGGAAAGCUCCAACUUGUGUGUAUGCUCUGGAUCCGAGAAACCAAUAAUUUUACCUUCAACGAUGACUUCAGUCCCAGCAGCACCAGUUCGGCAGACCUGAGCGGCCUGGGAGCAGAACCCAAAACGCCAGGGCUCUCUCAGUCCUUAGCACUGUCGUCAGACGAGAUCCUGGAUGACGGGCAGUCUCCCAAGCACAGUCAGUGUCAGAACCGGGCCGUGCAGGAGUGGAGUGUGCAGCAGGUCUCUCACUGGCUCAUGAGCCUAAAUCUGGAGCAGUAUGUAUCUGAGUUCAGUGCCCAGAACGUCACUGGAGAGCAGCUCCUGCAGCUGGAUGGAAAUAAACUGAAGGCUCUUGGAAUGACAUCAUCGCAGGACCGAGCAGUGGUCAAAAAAAAACUCAAGGAAAUGAAGGUGUCUCUGGAGAAGGCUCGGAAGGCUCAAGAGAAAAUGGAGAAACAAAGAGAAAAGCUGAGGAGGAAGGAGCAAGAGCAAAUGCAGAGGAAAUCGAGAAAGACAGAAAAGAUGACGGCCACAGAGGGCGCUGGUGAGCAGUAACCAUCCUCCUGGAGGCGGGAUGCCCCCCGCAGCGCCUGCCUCUGCCUGCCCUGCUUGCCUGGAGGGAUGGCGAAGAAACUGAUGACAGGGGUACUGAGCUGUAGGCAGGCUGGGGAGCCUUGUGCCGGAUAACCGCAUUUUCUGCGAUAAUCGAACACCCUUCAUUUUAACCUACUGAAACAAUCCCAAGCCACCUUUAGUUUAUUAACAAACCAAGGAGCUCAUUUGUGAGAGAGGCAAAGCAGCUAUGUUUCUGUUUUCUCUUACUUACCAGCAUCUUGUGCUGUGUUGGGUGGGUGUGUGUGUCACUUGGAAAACCAGCAUGACAAUGCCCUCCAAGAGCAUGACCCACAUGGUGUUGUUAAUGGAGUGCCAUGAAUUUUCAGCAUGGGGUCCUGCCCCUGGGCAUUUGCACAUAUCUGCAUGGCUGAGAGCACCACUCUGCCAUGAGACCAGGGCUGCAGGAUCCACUCCAGUGUGUGAAAGUUCCCCCUCAUCUCUGGGUCUGGACAGUGAGACGACCCCACUGUGGAAACAUGGAUGCCCUGCCCCGUGAUUACCUCCUGCGGCAGAAGGCAAGCAUGCAGUUCCGCUUGCUGGCAUCUGAAAGAGAGGAAGGAAUUCAGUUAUUAACCCCAGAAGGAAGCAAAAGCCUUAAGAAUGUAGAUGAGGGUAUUACCUUGGGAUUUGAGGAUAACAUUUAUCCUCCAGAUUUAGCCGAACAGAGGAAAAAUCAGAUGUUAAUACAGCCAUGGGAUAUUGGGAUCUGUUGUUAACUUUGCUACUGCUGUGUUUCAGCAUUUCAGCAACACUGACACACACCACACAGUUCCUUUCCCCCAACAAAUGGAACAGGAAAUUGAUUUUUAAGGAAACCAACAUUUCAGGUUUCCUCUCCCGGGGAACAUUCUGGCUAGUCUUCAGCUUGACUAUGACACAGUCAGGAACUCGCCACAUAUUUUCUUUUGAGAUUUCCCAAGUGAACUCGGUUAGUGUUUUUAACAAAUGUACUUUUAAGAAAAAUAGAAAUGCCAGUUCGAGAAAAUUUAGAUUUGAGUAACAUUCAACCAGAGAAGCAAUUUUAUUGCGCACACAGAAUGUUCCCAUAAAGGAGAGCUGUCGGUUAUGUUCGGAGAUGCUCUGAAUGGCUUUCCUGGGCCGUUCGCUUCCAUUCUUCAGGGAUUCCACUUUACAGUUCAAGUUUGUUUAAGGUGGUACACAGCAUCCAGUCGAGCAGGGUGGCCAGUUACGGUAUUUUAGAGCCAGUAUUAAGGAUGUCAGCUCUCAUGAAACUAACUCAAGUGCCAGAGACUAGGACAGAGGAGGAGAAAAUAAAUUCAUCUUGAGAAAUUUCAAAGGAUGGAUCAGUUUUUGGUGGUGGUGGUGGUGAUUUGCUUUUUAUGUUUAUGUAUCUGGUUCUCUUUGCUACAUUGGCUCUAAAAGUAGGGUCAUCUCCUUUCCAAGGGAUGGGUUCCAGAGCAAGAGUUGAGGGCAGACAAAUUUUUGGACAAGUAUUUUACUUCCUUUACUAUGUGGAGAGUCUGUCCACAUCUUCCACCGGAAAUGUUGCAUAUGCAGACCUUGGGGCGGAGGCU